AUGACUAUUCCUGCUCGCACAAGUUCGGUUCCUCCUAAUAUAGAUGAGCAGAAGCAUGAUCAGGCUCAUCAUGAUUCUUCAAGACCCAUGCCUUAUGUGCCGACACCUCCCGUUCCAAAGCAGCUUCCUGUUCCAAAGCCACUGCCAGCUAAUAAGGAUACAGGUAUCGUCGACCAAUCUAAGGGUGGGGAGACUCAUACUGGUUUAAGGGCAAAAAAAAAGGAUACUCAGUCUUCACAUUUACCUUCACCAAGCUUGAUGCAUAAGCCUUCUGUUAUUCCUAUAACUGAGAUGUCAAUGGCAAUGCCAUAUCACCAGUCACAUGCGCCUGUACACUUUGUUGUUCCUAAUCCCCAGAUUCAACCUCGUAAUGCAACACCAAGUGUUCACUCCACUCUCCAAUCCAUCAACCUUCCUCACUACUAUCAAACUUCAGCGACAUCAUCGAACACCACCCGCCUGUCUUGUUCCGAACCUGCUCCACCUACAACUCACAAUCAUUCACUCAUCCAAACACUCCCUCUAUUUCCCUUCACUCCAUUUCAUCGCUGGGAGAGCUUCCUCCGCCAAUCGCUACUGUUACAACAAAACACCAACCUUAAACCAUGGAGCUUUCCAUCUGAGUUGACUCAGUCUUUGAAUCUCGUUGAACUCGACCUUGGUCAAACGAACCUUAUGGGUUCCCUGCCAGAUAUAUUCUCUCCAUUGUUCACUUUGCAGAACCUUCGUCUAGUUUACAACAACCUAACCGGAGAUUUGCCGAACUCAGUAUCUGGGAUUCAGAACCUGUGGCUCAACAAUCAGCAAGAUGGUUUCGGGUUCACUGGCUCUCUCGAUUUGCUUUCUUCGAUGUUUCAUUCGACUCAAGUUUGGUUUCAGAAGAACAAGUUCACUGGUCCCAUUCCUGAUUUAACUAACUGUACUAAUUUGUUUGAUCUUCAGCUUCGUGAUAAUCAGUUAAUGGGUGUUGUUCCGCCUUCAUGUUCCCAUCAUUGA